AUUUUCUGUUACGCCACCGCCCAAAAUCUGAAGCCAAAAACCUCUCGGAAGAAGGAAAAACACAUGUCAUCUUCCCCUUGUCAUUUUUCUCUCUUUGUAAAAUAACAACAAACUUCUUUCUAUCGCUCUUUCAGAAAACCCCUUCUCGAAUUUCGAGGUUCUAAGGUGAUCCAUAAUGUUUGGACGGGGUACAAGGAGGAGCGACAACUCCAAGUAUUAUGAGGUUCUUGGUGUUCCAAAAAAUUCCAGUCAAGAUGAACUUAAAAAAGCAUACAGAAAAGCUGCCAUAAAGAAUCAUCCGGACAAGGGUGGGGACCCUGAAAAAUUCAAGGAGUUGGGUCAAGCAUAUGAAGUUCUAAGUGAUCCAGAGAAGAGAGAAGUUUAUGAUCAGUAUGGUGAAGAUGCCCUUAAAGAAGGAAUGGGUGGUGGUGGUGGUGGUCACAACCCAUUUGACAUAUUUGAGUCGUUCUUUGGUGGAGGUUUUGGUGGAGCUUUUGGUGGGGCUUUUGGCGGUGGUAGUAGCUUCAGAGGCAGCAGAAAGAAACAAGGUGCAGAUGUAGUGCAUACUCUAAGGGUUUCACUGGAGGACUUGUACAAUGGCACAACAAAAAAGCUCUCUCUUUCACGGAACAUAUUUUGUCCAAAAUGUAAAGGGAAAGGUUCAAAGAGUGGAGCUUCUGGAAGAUGUUAUGGAUGUCAAGGUACUGGAAUGCGUGUUACAACUAGACAGAUAGCCCCAGGCAUGAUUCAACAGAUGCAACAUGUUUGUUCCGAGUGCCGAGGCUCAGGAGAGCUUAUAAAUGAGAGGGAUAGGUGUCCUCAGUGCAAGGGAAACAAAAUUACACAAGAAAAGAAAGUAUUAGAAGUGAAUGUUGAGAAAGGGAUGUUACACGGUCAGAAGAUUGUUUUCAACGGGGAAGCUGAUGAAGCUCCAGAUACCAUCACCGGCAAUGUCAUUUUUGUAUUACAACAGAAGAGUCACUUGAAAUUCAGGCGUAAGUCUGACGAUCUUUAUGUGGAACACAAUCUUAGUUUGACAGAAGCUCUGUGUGGCUUUCAGUUUGUCCUGACUCAUCUUGAUGGAAGGCAGCUUCAGAUCAAAGCUAACCCCGGAGAAGUUAUAAAGCCUGAUCAAUAUAAGGCGAUAAAUGAUGAAGGAAUGCCCCAUUAUGGGAGGCCAUUCAUUAAGGGUCGGCUUUAUAUCCAUUUCAAUGUGGAAUUUCCAGAAUCUGGAUUUCUUUCGCCUGAGAAAUGCCACACUCUUGAGGCUAUUCUGCCACCAAGACUAGGGAAGCGCUCUUCUGAUAUGGAGUUGGAUAAGUGUGAGGAAACCACUAUGCAUGACAUCAACAUGGAGGAAGAAAUGAGACGCAAGGAGCAGCGACGUAGACAGGAGGCUUAUGAUACAGAUGACGAUGAUGAUGAGCCAAAUCUGCGUCGUGUCAAUUGUAACCAACAAUAGAAUUUCCAUAUACAGUAGUGGUCUUUUGGUUGAGUCCCCAAUUUUGCCUUAUGCUCUCUGUUGGCUGUUUUGGUUAGGUAGGAAUUAACUGGUUUCUUUUUGGUUCUGCUUCAGUUUGGUGUGGUGAUCUCAAUGCAGUUUUUUUGGUCCUAAAGUUCAUUGCUAUC